GUCGAGCCGGUUCUAUCCCAGAGCGACGGCAACUCUUCACCACUCCGCAACCUCCAUCUCUUUCUCUCAACGUCUUCUUACAGGGUAUGAAAUGAGUUGUCAAUGCUCAUUCGAUGAUACCUCUUACCUGUCUACCUACUGCGGUACAGCAGCCAACAUCACCGUCCUCAUGUCCUUGGUCGACAUCAUGCUGAGGAGUAACUGCAGGAUAGCGGAUCCAUGCCGAAGAGCUACACCCUUCGCCUUUUAUCGCCCUGAGGAGUACGAUUUCAUAGUCGUUGGAGGAGGAGUUGCAGGUCCUGUGGUUGCGUCGAGGUUGAGCGAAAACUACAAUUGGAAAGUUCUCCUACUUGAGGCUGGGCCUGAGGAACCUACGACGACAAGUGUGCCAGCAUUUUCCGUCAGCGCGAUAGGUACUAAGUUAGAUUGGGGCUUCAGAACACAACCCCAAAAAGGAGCUUGUCUUAAUUCUGGUGGAGUCUGCUAUUGGCCAAGAGGAAAAAUGAUGGGAGGAACUGGUUCGAUGACAGGAAUGAUGUACACAAGAGGCAACAAAGAUAUAUACAAUGGAUGGGCAAAAAACGGUAAUGUCGGAUGGUCGUACGAAGAGUGUCUUCCAUUUUUUAAAAUGUCAGAGACUAAUAAGAACCCUGACAUUAUUGAGAAAGAAUAUCACGGUACAGAUGGUCCACUUGUAGUUCAGCAGUUUCCGUAUCAACCACAAUUUGCAGAAGAUCUCCUUAGAGCUGGAGAAGAAAUAGGGUACAGAGUAGGAGAUCUUAAUGGCUUUAACCAAACAGGCAUUAAUGUAGCUCAAAUGAUGGUAGAAGAUGGUAUUCGUUCAAACACACCUCGGGUGUAUUUGAGACCCCAUCACAACAGGAAAAACUUAGUAAUAAAGAUAAAUUCAAGAGUAACACGCGUUCUAAUUAAUGAGCAAUCGAAAAGAGCAGAAGGUGUCGAAUUUAUCGACAUCGAUGGUACUAUAAAAUGGGUACGGGCAAAGAAGGAGGUAAUUCUCUCGGCUGGAGCCGUAGGUUCUCCUCAUCUCCUUCUGCUGUCCGGUGUUGGUCCAAAGGAAGAUCUGGAAAAGCACAAUAUAACAGUAAUUCAAAACCUGAAAGUCGGACAAAACUUACAUAACCACGUUUCUGUUCCUGUUUCAAUAGUCGGUCGUUCUGCUUAUUCAGAUAAAAUGAAAAGUAAAUCUGUUCUUAGGGAAUAUUUAGACAAUGGCACAGGCCCAAUGUCUUGUACAGGACUAACUCAGGUUACAGCAUUCUUAAAAUCAAAAUAUGCUGGUCAUAUGCCAGAUUUACAAGUAUUCUUUGAUGGUUUCUUAGCAGGUUGUUCUCUUUUUGCAAAGGAAGGCAAUGAAGGAGAUGAUGAUGAAGUACUUCACUUAAAUGCAAGACCUACUAAUAUACUUACUUUGAGUAAAGGUUAUUUAACGCUUAAAAGCAAUGAUCCUUUGGACUAUCCUUUGAUUUAUUCAAAUUAUCUGACUGAAGAACGUGAUGUUGACAUUUUGGUUGAUGGAAUAAAAAAAACGAUCCAAAUUACCCAAACAAAUGCAUUAAAGCACUGGAACCUCAAGCUAGAUCCGACUCCUAAAGAAAAAUGUGCGCAUUUGCCCUUUGAAACAGAUGAAUACUGGAAAUGUGUUAUUAGGUGGUAUACUGGUCCAGAAAAUCAUCCUGCCGGAAGUUGUAAGAUGGGACCUUCUGCUACUGAUGCUGUUGUGGAUCCUGAAUUGAGGGUUCAUGGAAUUCCUAAUAUGAGGGUCAUUGAUGCAUCAAUUUUUCCAUAUGCUCCUAACAGUAACCCCAUAGCUGCUAUUAUCAUGGUUGCCGAGAAAGGUUCCUAUAUGAUACAAAGUGCAUGGAAUGGAGAUUACAGUCUACUUUCUAAAAGCAACUAGAUUAAGUAUCUUUGUAAAGAAACUAAAGAAGGUUUUCAUUGGCAAACAGUGAGAAUAAUGUUUACUUAAUCUUAUCAUAGAACAAUAAUGUCCGUGAUAUGCUUGUUAUUAUUAAUUUUAUUGUAACCAAAAAUCUGUUAUCAGUGGUCCCAAAUGAAAAAUUAAAAAAAAAAUCCAGAACCUGAAGAACCAUUAGAAAUAGAAUAUCAUCAAAUAAUAGAAAAUUUUUACUAAUAAAAUAAAAAUAUUCUAAUGUUUGAUAAUUAGUAAUUUAAGAACAUGAAUUUGUUUAUUACAUAAUGAAGAAUUUUUUGUUUAUUGUUAUGCAAGAUAGUUAAAUGUUUAUAUUUUAUAAAAUCAAUAAAGUAUGAAAAGUCUGACU